AUGGCAGCAACAACCUGCUCGGUCGGCGGUAUUGAGAACUUGCUGGGCAAGGCAGGACUGGACACCCCAAUCCCAGAUUUCCCCGGCGCAGACAUUGUGCACAACCCGCAGGACAUCUUCCGAGUCUACCUUGCCGAGCUAGUUCAGAAACUCGUUAACUGCGACAGACUUAUUGCGUACGAUGCUAUCCAGACACCAAACGUCACGGGCAUGGGCGAUCUUGUGAUUGUGGCGCCGAGGCUCAGACUCAAAGAUAUGAAGCCCGAGGAUCUGGUAUCAGACCUGGCCCAGAGAUUGCCGAUAUCGCCGCCUUUUGGCUGUCCCCUCAAAGACGGUAUCCGUCUGCAGGUCUUCUCGUCGCCCAAUACAUUAUCGCGACUCCUUCUGUCUUACAUCAGUGAUAGAGCUGCCUCAUAUGGAUAUGAUACGUCACUCGGACUUGCCGAUGCCACCGCGCCAGAGGGGCCAAAGAAGAAGGUUCUCGUGGAGUUCUCUUCUCCGAACAUGGCGAGUGAGUUUCAAGUAUCGCACUUGCGCAGUACCCUCAUCGGCACAUAUGUUUCAAAUGUGCAUGCCUCUAUGGGAUGGGAUGUUGUCAAGAUAAAUUACCUAGGUGAUUGGGGAAAACAGAUCGGCCUUCUAGCUGCUGGUUGGCAGAGAUUUGGUUCUGAGGAGGAAUUCACCAAACAACCGCUCCGUCAUCUUCUCGAAGUCAACCACAAAAUCCAGGAACUAUUCAAGCCCGAGGUUGACGAGUGCAAAGCCGCAAAGGUGAAUGGUCAGGAUGUCACCGAGAUCGAAUCCCGAGGAUUGUAUGCCGAACGGGACGAGUUCUUUAAGAAGAUGGAGGACAGAGAUCCAGAAGCCAUCGCGGUGUGGCAGCGUUUUCGCGACGCAACUGUAAAGGAUUACACCGAUUCCUACGCACAGCUUGGCGUAACGUUCGACGAAUAUUCCGGAGAGUCACAAGUUACUGCGGAAUCCAUCGCAGAAGUGGAACAGGUAUUGAAAGAGAAGGGAGUUUAUGAAGAACACGAGGAUUCCUGGAAAAUUGACUUUUCGAAGCACGACGCGAAGGGACUCUCGCUCGCUGUGUUGCGCUAUCGCAAUGGUACAACCUCAUAUCUGUUGCGGGAUCUUGCUGCAGUGCUCGACCGAUUCAAGAAACACUCUUUCGAUAAGAUGAUCUAUGUUGUUGCGAUGGAGCAAGAGAUGCAUUUCCAUCGAGUUACAAAGACACUGGAGCUCAUGGGGAGACAGGAUCUUGCUGAGCGCAUACAGCAUGUUUCUUUUGCCAAGAUAAAUGGGCUUCCAGAAGAACUUAAAGGCGCGACACUACUGAGUGACUACCUUGACGGCUGCCGCUCUAUGGUGCAUGCGAGUCUUGAAGAGGAAGAGGAGGAAUCCUUCCAUGUGGAUAAGUCUGACAAGUCGGUGGACCUACUUGGUCUUGCUGGGCUAUUCAUCCAAGACCAUAUUCACAAACGAACUACCUCAUAUACGAGCGAUCCGAAGAAGAUGGUUCCACUGGAAGGCGAGUCAGGUGCAGCCAUUCAGAACUGCUAUGCCAGGUUGUCCAAGAAAUUGGCAUCUGGACCCAGCAGUUUCGACUACGAGACGCUCGACUACUCUUCUCUGGAGGAGGAAGACUAUGCUGAGCUCCUGCGUAUCUUGCUACAAUACCCAGAUGCUGCGCAUGGUUGUUUCAGAACUCUCGAGCCAUCGUUCAUCGUCGUAUACUUGCUGCGACUUGUUGAUCAACUUAUGGUUACACUCGAUGAUGACGAUGAGAAAGAUUGGACCGACCUAGAUACAGCCAGCGAGGCCAGUUUGGCUCUCUACGAGAAUACCAGACAAGUGUUUGAGAAUGCGCUGAGACUUAUUGGGGUGAGUCCAUGGAGUUCUUAA